GGCCCGUGCCGUGAGCCAUCCAACGCCAACGGCUCGGGAACGGGAUGAGGUGAGAGACUCGGCGGCCUCCCGUGCAAAUGGCUAUGGCUAUGGCAAUGGCAACGGUUUCCCUCGCUGUAGCCGCGCACCACCACGGCGGCGGCCACCUGUCCGCCGGCUUCCUCUCCUCCCCGCGAGCAGGUGGGAGGGCCGGCCGCAGCUGCGUCACCAUCUCUAUGAGAGCCCAGAAGAAGAAGAGCAGAGGAGAGUCCGGGAGUGGGAGCGGAGGCGGAGGCGGAGGCGGGGACGGGCGGGCGAGCAGCGAGCGGCGAGUGUGGCGUCGUCGGAAAUUGACCAAAGUGGAUGACAUGUUGCGGUACAAGUUGGAUCGUAUCCCUUUCUUGGAAGAGAAGGUGAGAAAAGUAAGGGAAAACGGGAAAAUCGUAUGCUUGGACAUCAAUCAGCUUAUGUUAUCUCAAGAGAAUAGAUUUGCAUUCACAAUGGAGGUGGCUGAAGAAGCUAACACCUAUCUUGAGAAGAAUAGGCAUGAGUAUGGAUUGAAGAAACCUAUACUGCAUGUGCUCAGUGACCGCAUGAAUGAAGCUGGAUUUUCUCGGCCAGAGGGUUACCUUUAUCCUUAUCCUAUCAAGCCUGGUCCUUAUUUCAUUAAAGAGGAGGGACAUUGAGUAAAAUCAUAUGCUCCUUGGACCAGAGAGCUCAAGAUGGGGGCCUCUUUUUCACAAAGGAGCUUUCUUGGAGGGCCUAGUUUUUGCAGUAUAUUAUACAGUUGGAGAAAAAUGAAGAAUUCUCUGAAAUGACGUUCAUAAUCAAACGCCCGGAAAAUCAAAAUGAAGGUUCCAGAUCUCUGACACGUUGCAAGAACAUCUCCAGGUUGAAUGCAAGCCCACGGCAAUGGAUUCUUUCUGUGUGGACUGUUGUAUUGGUUGCUUCAGUCCUUGCUUGGACCAACAAAACAACCAUCCGCAGCGGAAACCAUCCCUUAGCUGGCGCGGUCACAUUCGUCAUCAAGCUCUAAUAAAUCAAAGGAUCCAUGCUAUUGUUUCCUUGACAUAUUGUAGCGAUACUUCUACGAAUUUACCAUGGACUACAACUACUACCUAGCAUGAAUCUAUGCGCUGAAGGUUUCCCGUA